AUGGUUGCAUUGGCAAUCAUUAGGCACAAGUAUCCAUUCUCAUUUGCAGAACAUGAGAACAAUAGGUUGCUUCAUUGUUAUUUGAAUCCUGAUGUUAAGACUAUAUGUAGGAACAUUGCAAAAUCGGAUGUGAUAAAAAUAUACAGGAGAGAAAAGGAAAAUUUGAAGCAUGAUUUAAAGUCAAUUACUGGGAAGUUUUGCUUAACAUCAGAUUUAUGGUCUUCACCUAACACUAAUGAGUACAUGAAGAAAGUUUUGAGUUUUUGUCAUGUGCCACCUCCACGUGGUGGUGUUAUAUUGGCAGAGAGGUUGUUAGGUUUGCUGAAAGAGUGGGGCAUUGAGAAGAGGGUAUUCACCAUUACUUUAGAUAAUGUUUCAUAUAAUGAUACUUUGGUGAGUCAUUUAAAGAGACACCCUUCUUUUAGACCUUAUUUACCUUAUGGUGGUGAGUUCUUUCAUGUGCGUUGUGGUGCACACAUAUUAAACCUUAUUGUACAAGAUGGAUUAAAAGUCAUAAAUGAGGUUGUGUAUAAUUUACGUGAAAGUGUUAAAUAUGUGAGAGGUUCAAAUCAUAGGAAGUUGAGGUUUGCUCAAUGUCUUUUAGAGCUUCCUUUUUUGACAAGUAUGAAAGUACGCCAAGAUGUCCCAACAAGAUGGAACUCAACAUACUUGAUGAUUGAGAUUUGUCUUAAGUAUCGAUAUGCAUUUUCUCACUUGAGUAGGAUUGAUAAAUACUUUCUCAAUUGCCCUUCAGAGGAGGAAUGGGAAAGGCUGGAGAAUAUAGCAAGGUUUUUGGAACCAUUUUAUGAUAUCACCAAGCUUUUCUUUGGGACAAACUACCCCACAACCAACUUGUAUUUCCAUUGUGUUUGGAAGAUUCAGUUGCGUAUUAUGGAACAGUUGGAAGAUGAUGAUGCGAUAAUCAGAGCAAUGGCAAAAGAAAUGAAAGAAAAGUUUGAUAAAUACUGGGAGUAUUACAGUCCUGUGCUAUCAUUUGCUGUCAUUUUGGAUCCUAGAUACAAGUUGCAAUGUGUAGAAUUUUGUUAUAGCAAGUUGUAUAAGCAAGUUGUAUAA